AUGUUGCAAAAAGAUUUUAUCCCUGUGUAUUUGAGGUGCUUUGUCGAGUCCAACACCUUGCAUGACGAAGGAACUGUGGAGUUGUGGAACUUAUCCAACAAAUUCAUUUUUCCAGACAAUGAAAUUGGUAACAACAGACCGCUUGAUUCUGUUCAAGAGCUGAAACAGCUCAACAAUGUUGUCGUCAUUUCUACCUUAACUAGAGUUCGCACAAGAACAACUUUCAACAAUUAG